CGAAAAGCUGCAGCUGAUCUACGUUGUUUUUAUAGCUGCUUUGUUUGUUUAUUUUGCCAAUUGAAAAUGGCUCACAUGUCGUCAAGUAAUACGUCCGAUAUAUCAAAAACAGAAACUGUGGACGAACCAGAUGGCGGCCAACAGGCGGAAGCGCCCACCUUGGUGCUGCGCCUCGAACAGCCGCGAGACAAACGCCGGGUCGUCUUCCAGGAUGGUAUCAUCGACAAUGAGCACAUGAAUCGCAUGAAAUCCAAAUGUUGUUGCAUAUACAAGAAACCCUUGGCCUUUGGCGAGAGCUCCUCAGAAGAUGAUGACGAAUGCGAGCAUUGCUUUGGCCAUCCCGAAAAGCGCAAGAAGAACAAGAAGAAGCCAGCGGCCAAUAACAAUGAUUCAUGUCACCCUAACGAACAGCCUUCCACAUCCGCUGAGGCGCAAUCGAAACCGAUUCAAGGCACAACAGCGAAUCCAACAGCAGCCGCAGUCAGAGAAGUAGAGACGACAGUGCAGCCAUCGCUAUAGUCACAAACCCCAAACACAAAGUAAAUCAUCUUGAGGCGAAACCUUUUUACAUUUAAUUGAAUAUUAACAAACAAAAACAACAAAAAAGUAGAACAAUUUGCUAACACCAAAAGAGGCAGUUUAUACAGACUAUUUACUAAAAUGAUCAUUUAAAUCAUUUCUCAAAAUUUUUGUUUCCUACAGAAAAACAAAAAACAAUUGCAAAUUACAGAUUCCAAUAUAUUUAUUAUAUACUGUUUUUUCAACAAUGAUUUCAUAGACACCUGUAAAAACUAAAUAUAAAAGAAUUGUUUUUUAAGUAACAAAGUGAAGUCGACGCAAUUUCGUGAAACAAAACAAUUUCAAAUUACAGCUUCUAAUAUAUGUAUUAUUCGUUUGUUAAACAUAAAGAUUUCUAUAGUACACUUUCAUAGACAUCUGCAAAAAAAGAAACAAAAUAUUAAAGAAUUGUUUUUUAUGUAACAAA